AGUGCGGAGUGGGACGGAGGCUGCCACGGCUGGGAUUAACCUCAGGGAGGGGGUUGGGGGGGGUUACGUCUCUGGGGAGAAGCUUCUUUUCUCCUUCCUCAGCAGGCAGACACAGAGAAAAGAGAAAGAACUAGUGUGCGCUCCUUCUCACAAAGAGAGGAACUCCUUUCUUCCAGCGGUUUUCCUUGUUUUUUUCCUGAACGGGUGACAACAGGGGACUUCUGCCGGGGAGACCAUCUCAACCGGGUCGGUGUAAGCACCGGCUUCAGUAAGGCUGGCACUUUCGCCACUGCCAGACGCUGACGUGAGUUUGGGGGCCUCAGGCUGUCGUCUUGGUGCUUUGAUGAGGUAACGGCGGACCCCAGAAGCCCAGCCCCUGUGUUGCACCACCCCUUCCCUCUCUCCUCCUCCCUACCCCUAUCCAACCAGCCAAGCCAUGGGCCAGAAGAUCUCGGGGAGCAUCAAGUCCGUAGACGUGCGCGGAGAGCCAUCCUACAGGCCGCUGAGGAGGGAACUGAGAGGGCCAGAUUUCUUCAAGCCAGCCCGGCUGGACCUACUCCUGGACAUGCCCCCUGCUCCGUAUGAGCAGCAGCUUCGACAUGCCUGGAACCCGGACGAUCGCUCGCUUAAUAUCUUCAUCAAGGACGAUGACAAACUCACCUUCCAUCGGCACCCUGUUGCCCAGAGUACCGAUGGCAUUCGUGGACGGGUGGGAUACACACGAGGACUCCAUGUUUGGAGGAUCCAUUGGCCUGCUAGGCAACGGGGCACAAAUGCGGUGGUGGGUGUGGCCAUGCCAGAUGCCCCUUUGCACUCAGUGGGUUACACUUCUUUAGUUGGCAGUGAUAGCGAGUCCUGGGGCUGGGACCUGGGACGAAACAAGCUCUACCAUAACAGUAAGAACCGGCCGGUCUCUUCUGCACCCACAUACCCAAGCUUCCUGGAGCCAGAGGAGGCCUUUGUGCUGCCAGAUGCCUUGAUAGUAGUGCUGGACAUGGAUGAGGGCACGUUGAGCUUCAUGGUGGACGGACAGUACCUCGGAGUGGCCUUCAGAGGUCUUAAGGGCAAAAAGCUGUACCCCAUUGUCAGUGCGGUGUGGGGCCACUGUGAAAUCACCAUGCGCUACAUCAAUGGCCUAGAUCCGGAGCCUCUCCCUCUGAUGGACCUGUGUCGACGUGCAGCGUGGGUGGCUCUGGGACGAGAGCGUCUACAGGAGAUCGAGACAUUGCCUUUGCCCCAGUCUCUGAAGAAUUACCUCCAAUACCAGUGAGAGCGUGGGUCCUCACAAAGAGACGCACACACGGACACCGAGAGGAAGCCUGAGGGGCUACUAUAGCGCCACCAUCAGGCCACAGUGGGAAAAUGUUUACAUUGUGGCUCACUGGUGGAAUCUUAAAUUAGUUUUUUGCUUUGUUUUGUUUUUCAGUUUUUAUUUUCUUCUUUAUGAGUUGUUUAAAUUAUUGAUGGCUUUGGAAGAAGCUCAAGGGACAGUGUGACGCAGGGCUAGAGCGGCGGCUCAACAGACCUGCAGCGCCUCCAGGUGUGUGUCUCGCCCUGAAGAAUACAACAGGAAGUGACGUUUCAGAAAGCACAUUAACCUUGGGAUGCCUUUGAAAGCCCACAGUUAUAAUCGUUCCUCUUUCCCUGGGUGUAAAGCCUGCAGAGCACAGUCAUUGGACACAGGAGACCGAGGCCACCGCAGGUCGGGCUCAGCUGCCUCCCGAGUCAAAAUCCACCACACGGGAGCCUCAGCGGAAGAAACAAGCCCUGGAAGGUGCCAAGCAGGUGACAGUACCUUCGCACAGGACCACCAGGGGACGGUUACAUGACUGACAGCAAACAUUUCCCAUUUUUUCUGAGAUGGAUGUGUAUUCCCGAGGACACAAUCAUACAGAUUUCACUUCUUUUUGUUCUCUGUGGGCUUGAGUCACUUUUCUAUCUGAUUUUAAUGUCAGUGUGAGAUUUCAGUUGAUGAUGAUGAUGCUUUUAUCAAGAUGUUUGGCUAUCAUUUAAUUUUAUUUAUCAGGUUCUAGUUCCUUUUUAAUGAACUGAGGAUGUGCGAGCGAGCACAUAGAUAUCGAACAUUAUCAUACACUCGUCACAUAUGGCUUUCUAUUUUAAAUUGGGAUGCUGCUUUUAUUAUUAAUAAUAUUAUUAUUAUUCUGAACGCUGGUUUUUCCGAGGCACACAGUGGAAUGUAAAGAUCUUGCUAGCGUUAGCAUAUUUGAAAUGUGAAUAAAAGCCAAGUGAAUGAGA